UACAAAGAACUUGGAAUAUAUCGAAUUUCUAAGGUUUCAUUCUCUUGAUUCUUCCCUUUCUAACGAUCAGCAGUCCAUCGGUUGCAGAGUUCGCUGUAAGUGAUAUGGUUUCUUCAACUUUUUCUAAGUCCUGACUUUGGAUCGUCUCAGCAAGAAAAAAUGAUUGAUAUAAGUAAAUUGGACCGGGGACAACUUACUCUCUUAGGAUCUGGGGUCUGUGUGAUGUUAACAAUGCAUUUUACUAUACAGCUCCUAUCCCAGCAUCUUUUCUACUGGAAAAACCCAAAGGAACAAAAGGCCAUACUGAUCAUCAUCCUCAUGGCCCCCAUAUAUGCCCUUGACUCCUUUGUCGGUUUGCUAGAUGUUCGGGGAAGCAAAACAUUUUUCCUGUUCUUGGACUCUAUUAAGGAAUGCUAUGAGGCUUUGGUUAUUGCCAAGUUUUUGGCUUUGAUGUAUAGUUACUUGAAUAUAUCUAUUAGCAAAAAUAUAGUUCCUGAUGAAAUUAAAGGAAGAGAGAUGCACCAUUCAUUUCCAAUGAACCUUUUCCAGCCACGGACCGUCCGUCUGGACCAUAACACAUUGAAGCUCCUCAAAUACUGGACUUGGCAGUUUGUUGUCAUUCGGCCUUUCUGCUCUGUGCUGAUGAUAACAUUUCAGCUUCUUGGGUUUUACCCCGGUUGGGUCAGCUGGACAUUCACUAUCAUUCUCAAUCUUUCUGUUUCGUUGGCUCUGUAUUCCCUCGUGCUCUUUUACCAUGUGUUUGCAAAGGAGCUGCAACCCCACAAGCCCCUCUCUAAGUUCUUGUGCGUUAAAGGGAUUGUAUUCUUCUGCUUCUGGCAGGGAGUUGUGCUUAAUGUCCUAGCCGCAUCGGGCAUCAUCCAAUCUCAUCAUUACUGGUUAGAUGUAGAGCAAAUUGAGCAAGCCCUACAAAACGUAUUGGUGUGCCUGGAGAUGGUUGUGUUUUCAGUUCUCCAGCAGUAUGCUUUCCAUUUUGCACCUUACAGUGGAGACGUGGCAUCUAAGAUGCGAAACAAGAAAUAUGAAUAAAUUUUGAACUGAUCAAUGUAGUUUGGAGGUUAAUACAUAUACAGUAUUGUUUUUAAGAGGUUGCUUGUAUCUGUAAUAUUGUCGAUAUUGGUGGUUUAACAAUGACAUCCACUUCAUUCAGUCCAAUGUGGCCAUUUUGAACUA